CAAGUGGAGGGAUCUGACAUAUGAUCAAGCCACCUGGGAAGCAGAGGAUAUGGAUAUACCAGAGUUUGACACCUACAAACUGCAGUACUGGAACCACAGGGGUUUGAUGAUGGGUGAUGAAGGUAAACCAGGAAAGAAGAUGAAGUUCAAAGGAAAGAUGCGGAAACUGGACCGCCCUCCAGAUAACCCCGUGGUGGAUCCCACUAUUAAAUUUGACCGUCAGCCAGACUAUCUGGAUGCUACGGGCGGGACGCUGCAUCCGUACCAGCUGGAGGGGCUCAACUGGCUCCGCUUCUCCUGGGCUCAGGGAACAGACACCAUCCUGGCAGACGAGAUGGGUCUGGGAAAGACCGUGCAGACUGCUGUGUUCCUCUAUUCACUGUAUAAAGAGGGUCAUUCGAAGGGUCCGUUCCUGGUGAGUGCCCCCCUGUCCACCAUCAUUAACUGGGAGCGAGAGUUUGAAAUGUGGGCGCCGGAUCUGUAUGUGGUCACAUACGUCGGAGACAAAGACAGCAGAUCUGUCAUCAGAGAAAAUGAGUUCUCCUUUGAGAACAACGCCAUCCGCGGUGGCAAGAAACCCUCGAAGAUGAAGAAAGAAGCCUCUGUAAAGUUCCACGUGCUGCUGACCUCCUAUGAGCUGAUCACUAUCGACACGGCUGUUCUGGGCUCCAUCGACUGGGCUUGUUUGGUAGUUGACGAGGCCCACAGACUGAAGAAUAAUCAGUCAAAGUUUUUCAGGGUGCUGAACAACUACCCGCUGCAGCACAAGCUGUUGCUGACUGGAACUCCUCUACAGAAUAACUUAGAAGAGCUUUUCCAUCUGCUCAACUUCCUCACUCCAGAGAGAUUCAGUAAUCUUGAGGGUUUCUUGGAGGAGUUUGCCGACAUUGCUAAGGAGGACCAGAUCAAAAAGCUUCACGACAUGCUGGGACCACACAUGCUCAGGAGACUCAAAGCUGACGUGUUCAAGCACAUGCCUUCCAAAACGGAGCUCAUCGUCCGAGUCGAGCUCAGCCCCAUGCAGAAGAAAUAUUACAAGUUCAUCCUGACCCGCAAUUUUGAGGCUCUGAACACUCGCGGUGGAGGAAACCAGGUUUCUCUGCUGAACGUCGUCAUGGACCUCAAGAAGUGCUGUAAUCAUCCCUAUCUCUUCCCUGUUGCUGCUACGGAAGCUGCCAAGUUGCCCAAUGGGAUGUACGAAGGCAGUGCCUUGACUAAAUCUUCUGGCAAACUGCUGCUGCUGCAGAAGAUGAUGCGGAGACUCAAGGAGGGCGGACACAGGGUGCUCAUCUUCUCUCAGAUGACUAAAAUGUUGGACCUGCUAGAAGACUUCCUGGAGAACGAGGGCUACAAAUAUGAGCGCAUUGAUGGCAGUAUCACGGGAGGCAUGAGACAGGAAGCCAUUGACCGCUUUAAUGCUCCUGGUGCUCCCCAGUUUGCUUUCCUGCUGUCGACCAGAGCCGGUGGUCUGGGUAUCAAUCUGGCAACCGCAGACACCGUCGUCAUCUAUGACUCCGACUGGAACCCUCACAAUGACAUUCAGGCCUUCAGCAGAGCUCACAGGAUUGGUCAAAACAAGAAAGUCAUGAUCUACCGCUUUGUGACCAAAGCCUCUGUAGAAGAGAGAAUUACUCAGGUGGCCAAGAAGAAGAUGAUGUUGACUCAUUUGGUUGUGCGUCCCGGACUGGGCUCAAAGACCGGUUCGAUGUCCAAACAGGAGCUUGAUGACAUUCUCAAGUUUGGUACAGAGGAGCUCUUCAAAGACGAGGGAGAAGGAGAGAAUAAAGAAGAGGACAGCAGUGUGAUUCACUAUGAUGACAAAGCUAUCGACCGGCUGCUGGAUCGGAACCAGGACGCCACAGACGACACCGAGAUCCAGAGCAUGAACGAGUAUCUCAGCUCCUUCAAAGUGGCUCAGUAUGUGGUCAAGGACGAGGAGGAGGCGGAAGAGGAAGUUCAGCGGGAGAUCAUCAAGCAGGAGGAGAGUGUGGAUCCAGAUUACUGGGAGAAACUGCUCAGACACCAUUACGAGCAGCAGCAGGAGGAUUUGGCUCGUAAUCUGGGCAAGGGCAAGCGAAUCCGCAAACAGGUCAACUACAACGACGGCUCUCAGGAGGACAGAGACUGGCAGGAUGAUCAGUCUGAUGGCCAAUCGGAUUACUCUGUUGCUUCAGAGGAAGGAGAUGAGGACUUUGACGAACGAUCAGAAGCCAAUUCACGGCGACCCAACAGAAAAGGCCUCCGAAAUGACAAAGACAAACCCCUGCCCCCCCUGCUGGCCAGAGUGAGCGGCAACAUUGAGGUGUUGGGUUUCAAUGCUCGUCAGAGGAAGGCCUUCCUGAACGCUGUGAUGCGUUAUGGGAUGCCACCUCAGGACGCCUUCACCACCCAGUGGCUAGUCAGAGACUUGCGUGGCAAAUCAGAGAGGGAGUUCAAGGCUUACGUCUCGCUCUUUAUGCGUCACUUGUGUGAGCCUGGUGCAGAUGGUGCUGAAAGCUUUGCCGAUGGCGUUCCCCGGGAGGGACUGUCGCGGCAACACGUUCUUACUCGUAUCGGUGUGAUGUCGUUGAUCAGAAAGAAGGUACAAGAGUUUGAGCAUGUGAACGGUCAGUGGUCACUGCCCUGGAUGAUGGAGCUGAAUGAGAAUAAAAUAGCAUCCACUGCCAGCAGUCAGCCUGCUUCACCAGGCAAAACACCCUCUACGGGCACUCCAGCGGACACUCAGCCCAACACACCUGCUCCAGAAGGUGUUUCCAAAGCAGAAGAUAGUGGAAAAGAUGACGAUAAAGAAAAGGAGAAAAAUGGAGACGGUGAGAAGGACGCAAGUGAGAAUAAAGACAAUGAAGUCAUCGCCAUUCCUGAUGAAGAUGAAGAAGCUUCCUCUGCUUCUGAAGACAAAAGCAAAGACAAAGAGGAGAGGGACAAAACACCUGAAUCCUCUUCAGAGGGAGAAAAGGCAGAUGGGAAGGAAGAUGAGGAAGAGAAAGAGAAGUCUGGAGACGCUGAUGAGAAGAACAUCGACAGCAAGCCCAAAGAAUCCGAGGCUGAGAAAGAAACUUCAGACGCCAAAGGAGAAAAGAAGGAAGAUGAACCUGAAAAGAUGGACACUACCCCUGUUACAGAUGAGAAGAAAGCUCCAGGUCAGAAGGAUGAGAAGGAAUCCAGUAAGACGGAGGAAGCAGGAAAACUGCAGAACGGAGAGAGUGCCAAAGACAGCGCCGCAGGAGCAGCAGCAGCUGAAGAGAGGAAGAAAGCCAAAACACGCUUCAUGUUCAACAUCGCAGACGGAGGAUUUACCGAAUUACACUCCCUGUGGCAGAAUGAGGAACGAGCCGCUACAGUCACCAAGAAGACCAACGAGAUCUGGCAUCGGCGCCACGACUACUGGCUGCUCGCUGGCAUCAUACAACACGGUUACGCUCGUUGGCAAGAUAUUCAGAAUGACAUCAGAUUCGCCAUUCUCAACGAACCCUUCAAGGGAGAGAUCAACAGAGGAAACUUCCUGGAGAUCAAGAACAAGUUUCUGGCCAGGAGAUUCAAGCUGCUUGAGCAGGCUCUGGUGAUUGAAGAACAGCUGCGCAGAGCUGCGUAUCUGAACAUGACUGAAGACCCCUCUCACCCCUCCAUGGCUCUCAACACACGCUUCAGUGAAGUGGAGUGUCUGGCCGAGUCCCACCAGCACUUGAGCAAGGAAUCCAUGUCUGGAAACAAACCUGCCAACGCCGUCCUACAUAAAGUACUGAAACAGCUCGAAGAGUUGCUCAGUGACAUGAAAGCGGAUGUCACUCGUCUACCGGCAACCAUCGCCAGGAUACCUCCCGUCGCCGUCAGGCUGCAGAUGUCUGAAAGAAACAUUCUCAGCCGUUUGGCCAGCAGAGGACCAGACACACAGUCUCAGCAGGUCCAGCAGUAGCCUGCAGCAGACGCCAGUCCACCGAGCGCUGCACACCGUGUCUACAUUCCUGAUUGCACAUGAUAUCUCGUCUUGGCUUGAACUCACACCCCUCGUACUGUCCGCUCAAACCUGGGGGCUUGUGGAUAUUUGAGCUGUUGUUUUUAUUAUUUUCCUAAUUAAUAUUGUUUACAUAAUAUUGUUGAUGAUGGUUUUUGGGACCUCAAUAAAAAUGUUCAAUAAAAAA